AUGGCGCCGCUCCAGCCUCAUCUCCUUUGCUCUCUAACUCCUUACAAUUUUAGUGGCUGGGCAGCUUGCAAUUUUGUGUGGACAGCUUACUAUUCGAUGGACCCACUUGCUGAUAUUAGGAAAUGGAGGCAUCUUCAUGAGAUGCUUGAGCAAGAUUUGAAGUAUUGCAAGAGCAUUAAGGCCUUCAUUGUGUCUGGAAGGUUGGUUCCAGCUAAUGAUGUUCUAGCUACACUGUAUUCUCUACCAGAUAAAGUGGUAGAUACUGUCGGUAUUACAAGGAGGAAGAGAGAGAAAGAAGAGCAAGCCAAGAUGAAGGAAAUUAAAGCCAGUGAAGAGGAUUUGGCAUUGAAAGAGAUGAUUAUUCCAACAGCAAAAGAAGCACGAGAACAAGCAAGGGCAAGGACACUAGAAAAGGAAGAGAAGAUCUGCGAAAUAAGUUGUGCAUUGGCUGUUUUGGCUUCUGCAUCUUCAGUUAGUAGGGAGCGUGAAGCGUUCCUGAGACUUGUCAAUUUGGAGAUUGAACUUUACAAUGGCAUGGUGGAGAAAGAGGGUACAGAUGGUGAAAAGGAUGCCUUGAAGGCAUAUAAAGUUGCUCAUGAUGAAAGUGACAGUACUUCUGUUGAGGCUGAAGGUGACGAGGUUUCAUCAGCGCUUAUAGACAAGGUGGAUGCAAUGCUUCAAAACCUUGAGACGGAAAUUGAUUAUAUAUGCGCAUAUUGGUGA